AGACUUUUAAGAACAUGUCACAAGGUGCAGAGCAGCCGUGGUUACAUUUCCCUUCAUGUGACUGGACUUGGAGGCUCGCUCAUCUAUUCAUCGCCUUGCAAAAAAAAAAAAAAAAAACCACAGUGAAAACUAGUUGUAGGCUACACGUCGAAACCUUUAAAGGGUUAAACAUGUGGACGUGUUGCUGAACAAAACCUGAUAACAGUGACAUCGAGGCUCUUACUUGUCUUCAAGAUGGAGAGAGUAAGACUUCAGAGGUAGAUCUUCAGGUCUGACUCUCUGCACGGAUGCGCGCCGACCUUGGAGUCUUCAGACGCACAGCGGAGGAUUUUGCGCACUGAAGUAGAGCUGAAGAGAGCGCACAGCGAGCGGACAGCUGUCUGACCGGCUGCAGUCCUGUCACCAGGAUACAGGCUCACUUGGCUGCACUUUGCCGCGUGCGUCGACAUCUUAUUAAAAACAUUUACUCCGGAGUGAGUAAGGGGAAAUAAAGCCCACAGUUUAUCUCGGUUUGGUUUUGAUUCGCAACUUAGAGGAGUGUUGUUUCAACUGAGCCAAGAGUCCCAGCUGCUCAGGGAGAAUUCACUCAGCAUCCUGAGAGGCGGAGGCGUUUUGAGAGGAUUUUAGGACUCUUUGCCGAAAGUGGAUUGAACAAUGCUCAUUCCAGUCUCCUUACUCAACUAAGUGAGGUAUUGCCUUUGCGAAACGGUGAUCACAGCGAUGUUUCAGCGACAUGUGCGUCUGCCUCUCCCCAAAUCUUCCAGAGAGGGUGUAAGCGCCGCUCAUCUUGAAUAAGUCGAGAAGUCAUUGAAGAUGAGUGCUCUGCAAACGCUCCUGUUUCUUUUCCUCCUGCACCAGGUCACAUGCAGGAAGGUGCACGGAGGGGCCACAGAGCUCAUUGAGUGGGGAGACAGUAAUGAACAGAGGAUUUCUCCCACGGGGGCCAGUCCACGGAUCCUCAACCCCCUGCGUUUGUUUGCCAGGGGCUCCCCUGGGUUCAAGAGCAACAUGAGGGAAAUAACAUAUUUACAGAACAUGGAGGACUUUUGGGACUGGUUAUCUAACCAGACAGAUGUUCAGGGUGCACAGGCCAGAACUAAACGCAGGCCCAUCGUGAAGACUGGCAAGUUCAAAAAGAUGUUCGGGUGGGGGGAUUUCCACUCCAACAUCAAGACUGUCAAACUCAACCUGCUGAUCACAGGGAAGAUUGUGGACCACGGGAAUGGCACUUUUAGCGUUUACUUCCGCCACAACUCCACGGGUCUGGGGAACGUGUCUGUCAGCCUGGUGCCGCCCUCCAAGGUGGUGGAGUUUGAGAUCACCCAGCAGUCCACGCUGGAGACCAAAGACACCAAAUCAUUCAACUGUCGCAUUGAGUAUGAGAAGACGGACCGCAACAAGAAGACUGCCCUGUGCGGCUUCGACCCGUCCAAGGUGUGCUAUCAGGAGCAGACGCAGAGCCACGUGUCCUGGCUGUGCUCGAAACCCUUCAAAGUCAUAUGCAUCUAUAUAGCCUUUUACAGUGUAGACUAUAAACUGGUGCAGAAGGUAUGCCCCGACUACAACUACCAUAGUGACACACCAUACUCCUCCACAGGAUGACCUAGCAGUUAUUAGUAUCCAUCAACUUUUUGUUUUAUCUUCCAAUAAUGUAAAUGUCAACUUCUAAGCUCCUUGUCCCCAAAUACCUAAAUACCUGAGAUAUGUUGCAUGAGGUGCAACUUAAAAUGGGACACAAACCGCAGGGAUUUGGCGCAUUAUUACAAAACUUUUGUAUGUACUGCACAAACACACAACUCUAACACUUCAGAUAGUUAGGUGUCCAGGGACUUGGUUUUAGGGGUUGACUUGGGAUUCAGAGCUAGCUUCCAACCCUGAGUGACUCCUUCCCAUCACAGCAGCACAUGUUCUCUGUAAACCACAGGAAUAAUUAGUACGUCGUCCAGAUGUUUUCUUCGAGGCUAGACCGUAGGCAAGCAGCCUCUCAGUUGGAAGUGUAUAGCUGGCUUCUCUGCCAGUGCUGCAUUGAUGCUAGCAUUAUCAAACAAUUUCUUCACCUCAUUUAAACAGUCAGUUAUGGGAAGAAAUAUGACAAGACUUUGAAUCAUUUUAAUAAUUACUAUACCAAGACAUUUGAAUUGUUAUUCAACAGGGCAUAAAUUUGAUAUUCCUCAUUUGAAACGUCACUACAUUUUGACUGAUUAGUCAAAAUGGUCUGUUCAUUGUCUUCAAAGUGGAGCUAACAUCCAUUUGUACCUGUUAACAGAACACAGGCAGGACAGCCUCUAUUAUUUCAGAUUAGUGUGAUUAAUGGGUAUUUUUUCAAGUAGCUCUGAAUAAUUAAUAUGGCCUUACAACCUAUCUUUUAUCUGUUAUCUGUCUCUUGUAGGGACUGAAAUAACGUGAAUUGAUUCAUUGAACCCAAUUGUAAGUGCCCAAGACGUAAUAAAUUGAUCCAACAAAUCAAAUCCAAAAGCAGCCUGAUAGCAUGAUCGUAAAUUAUUACACAUAAAUAUGUAGGUACCCGUCCAUGUAUAACCUGGCUGCUGCCUUGUUUGCUCCUUAAAAUGUGUUGGUUUUCUGCUACAAUCAUCAUAAGGCAUGUGUAUGCUAAACCAGCCUGAAAUCCAACAUCUGUGUUUGCAGGAUGCACUUUGAGGCAUCAGCCUGCCGCGCGACGCCCGCAGUGGAUUAAUGUGUCAGGAGAGGUGGGGGGGUGGGAGCGAUAAUUGCAGGACAGGUGGAUUUAGUGAGUCUGGCAGACAAUUAUCAGCACUUUGUCAUGGUCCUGCCACAAGCCCUGACAUUACCUGUCUUUAAUAGGCUUUAAUUAGCCUGGGAAAUUUCAUUUACCUAAGACCAAGAGUGGAGGAACCAAAAGCAAAAGUAAAAAAAAAAAAAAAAGGUAAAAGUACAGAAUCCAUCUGGAAUUUUAAUGAGAAGUGGGACUACUAAGUUUGAAAAUGUCAGACAUUUCCCAGUUGUACAGCAGGCUUAAAACGAAUAACUUGUGUAAAAGUGGAUAACAUCCAGUCUCAUAAUAAAUGGUGUAAUGUGUUUUGACUUAGCAAUCACAAAAACAUUUCUAAAAAGGUGUUGUUGAAAACCAUCAGCACAUUAAAUGCCAUAAGCUGCGUUGUUAGCACAUAUCCAGCGGUUUUAGGCUAGGGCAUGUGCUAUUGACUAAUCACAUGGCAGUUAUUUCUGUCAGUUCCUUUGUAUGCUGUAUCUCAUGUCUUUCACCAUCUGCUGUAAAUGAUCCCGUCACGUCACACAUGUGGAGAGGUGUAUGAUAAGGAAAUACCGAAAUCCGAGUUGAUCUAUGUUGAUGUUUUAGUUCUACUCCUUUGUGAAAAUGCUGUGUAUUAUCGUGUAACUCUAAAACUAAACGUGUUUAAUUAUGGCUUCAGAGUAAAUGAUGUCAAUUUAUUCUAAUUUUUUUCCAGAGAAAUAUAUUAAUGAAUAUACUGGUCCUUAUUUUUGGUGUUUGUUCAGAGAUAUCAUGUAGAUAGAUGUCAUAUUUAUUGCUUCUAGUUAUAGAUUGCUUUGAUUUCCAUUUUUGUAAUCCUUGCAGAUUGUAUUUUGAUUUCUUGCUAGCUUAAUCUUGUUUAAAUGGUUUCCCCUGUAAAAUACGAAUAAGAGCACUGCUGUGUGUAUAGUGUAAGUACAAAUGUUCAUUUUGGAAUAUUUGAUUUCAUAGGGGGUUACUUUUGUUAAAAUGAAAUUGUAAAGAUCAAUUUAGGUUUUUAUGGCAUUAAACCUUAUUUGAACUUGGCUCACA